CUUCAUUUGACUUUUUGCGUUGAAGGUGUGAAUAAGGAAAGGCGCGAAAUGUGCAGAUUAAAAGUAUUUCUUUUAUUGUUUUUGUUUAGUUUUAUAACUAUAAACAAUGUUGAAAGCACAAAAUUAAAUUAUCCGCGUGUUCUAUUACCAAUAUUUGAUAAAAUAUCCAUAAAUUUUACAUUGGAAGUUAUUGAAAAAGGCUGUUUCAAAUGGACUUCAUCGAGGCAGGACUUGAUACUGAUAACACCACUUUAUGACGAUAGCGAGGAAUGUUCUCAUCGUGCAACUGUUACUGUGGUGUCACGGGAGCGUCGGCGAAACACAGCGAUUGUUUUAGCCGAGUCAUUGUCCACUGAUGCCACAUUGCGUUGUGAUGUUAUUAUUGAUGUUAUUGAUAAGCUUGGCGUACACACAACGACACGUCAAUUAUACUUGGAGGAGGCGCCAGAAACUUUUGAAUUACGUGCCGAAGAUUCUCAAGGCAAUGCGUUCACAACUUUAGAGGGUGUAGAAUUUAAUUGGGAAAUCUCUUCAAUUACUAGCAAAAGUAAAGGUUGGCUGCCUGCGUUGCGUUUCUUAUCGUUUAGCGAAAGUGAAUAUCACGAAGUGCCAUCAUCCUUAGAGAAGUUUGAAGUGCAGCGUAUGAAAGGCUAUAUGGUAUUACUGGAAGGAAUAAAUACUGGCACUGCUAAGGUGACAGUUAGUCUACCGCAUGAAGAAUACCGUCAUGUGAACAAAAUUGAAGUGUUUAUUAGUGUUUUGGCGAAUAUCAUAUUAGAACCAUCUGAAGUUCAUAUGUUAACUGGCGAUACAAUUAACUUCCGUAUUUUACAACUGAAAAUGGGAAAAUUACAAGAAAUUUCUUUGAAUAAUCAGUAUUAUUUGGAAAUUGACGAUAAUACGGUAGCUAGUAUAGAUGACGCCAAGGCAACGGGCCUUAAGCUCGGUCGUACCGUUGUAGUGCUACGUGAUCGCAAUGCUCCACUUGACAACAACUUCUCUGGUGAUAACUCUAUAACAAAAUCAUCUGCACCAAGUGCAAGACUUACUGUUGCAAGACCUUUUAGAUUGGGUGUAACACUCUUACCUUUUAACAAUUGGAUAACCGUUGCAGGAGAAAUGCACAUAAUUGCUUUUGAUCUAUACACAAGUGAUGAUAAAAAGUUAACACUUGGUUCAAAGUAUAGUGUGGUAUCAGAGUUGAGCAGUCGAAAUUUUGAAAUUAAGCAAGAAAAUACUAAUGGUAGUCGUUUGUACGGUGAAGCAUUGCAUAAGGGCACUGUAACUGUUUCUGGACAAUUUAAGCAGUUAAGCGUUGUUGCUGAAAUGCAUAUUUAUGACAACUUAGUGCUGGUACCGAGCACUGUAAUUUUACCAUUCGAUCCACAGGUCAAUAAGAUUCAACAAAUUCAAUUUGAGGCAAACGGUGGUGAUGGCUUUUAUAUUUGGCAAUCUCAAAACUCCCGUGAUAUACAAAUUACACAGAAUGGUUUGGCCACAACAAUUAUACGUGACACAGAUAGAAAGCGACAUUUAGAUGCUUACUAUGCAGGCACUGUAUUACGAAGCCGCGGUAGCAUAAGAGUUGCAUUAACAAAGAAUCCUAAAAUAAUACGACAAGCGGAUAUAUUUUUCAUGCCACCAGUCAAAUUACAAAUUGUUAAAUAUAAUUUUGAAACUGCAUUAGAUGAUUUCGUUCGUAUACAUUUAGCUCUUCAUACGUUCGUUAAUGGCACUUAUGUGCCCUUUACCACAUGUGAUAUGAUAGAUUUUGAUUUAGAGUUCAGUAAUAAAAUUUUCCAAGUAGAAGACGUUGAUUGGAAAAAAGAACAUAUGACACUUGUUUGUCAAGUUAUACAUUUGCGGGCAACAGCAACAGGUUUAACGCAUUUAAAGAUCUCAUAUCAGUUUCAGGAUAAAUUAUUGAAAGAAGAAGUUACGCUGAGUGUUUUCGACAAACUUGAUAUACUCAAUCCUACAUCAAAUGAAAUUGUCUUACCUAUUGGUGCGUCGCGUAACAUUAUUUAUAUGAAUGGUCAACAACGCAUUUUUACAUUAGAAGCUGAGUUAGUCAAGGAGACUGAAUAUGAUCAGAGUGUGGCGAAAAUCAAUGAACUCGAUGUUGAGUCUUCAAAUGCUAUAUAUGCUUAUAAUAUUUUAUGUACUAAAAUCGGUAGUACAACUCUUGAUUUCAAGAUUUUUAAUAAAUUAGUACCAAAGAAUUUCCUACCUUACACUUCCAAAAUUUUGACUGAGAUACAUUGUGUUGCUCCACGUUUUCUUAAUUUAUAUGCCACUGAGAAAUUGCGUCCAACGUGUCCUAUGCAAAUGAAGCUUUCGCUUCUACAUCUCAAAGAUCGCGAUGAAAAAUUCGAAAUAGAAAUUGAAGUACAAGAUGCGCAAAACCGUAGAUUAAUGAAUAUUUCAUCGCUGCUUAUUGAUUGGAAGUUCGCUGUUGGUGAUGAACGUUUCCAUUCUGAUUCAACAUUGCAUUAUCGUCGAAAUGCUGUAAUAGAGUUUAUUAAAGGUGUACCUAUACCUAGUAAAGAUUUAUUUGUUACAACAUUCCCGGAACCAGUGCCAAAUUUCCGCAUACGUGGUGAUGUUACAAAUUAUAUACCAGGCAUACUGAAUCACUUUAACAUACGUGCCGAAACGCCGGUCUUUGCAGCCACAAAUCAUAAAACUCAAAAACUUCAUACGCCAUCAAUAACAAAUGAAAUAAGCUUUAUGGCUGUGAAUAGUACACUGUUUUUAUCUGAUCAUGUUAGUAUAUUUAUGGCUAAACAGCAUCGUGAACAUAUACCAAUUGCACAGGGUAGCGGUUAUUACGAUUUUACUCUGAGUGAAACUGGCAUUGUAAAUAUUGAAUUUCUCGCUAAAGAAAGAGAACUCAUAUUAACGCCUCUUCGUAUGGGACAUACACGUCUUGAAUUGCUUGAUCGCUGCUUAAUGACUGAUCCAGCUCAGCUUUCGAUUUCCGUGGUAUCGAUUGGUGCCAUAGUUGUCGACGUACCAGAUCGCGUUGAGCGUACUAAAACUGUUGAGGCUAUAGUGCGUCUUUAUGACUCAAAUGAUAAUUUACUUACCAUAGAUUCUAAUAAUUUGGAAAUUUAUGACUUGCAUGAUGAAAUUUUUAAUUCCAAUAUAUUGAGUAUACAAUUGGGUGAUCAAAAGAAUUUGGGUGUAGGAGAAAUAAGAUACAUUGUUACUGGAAAUAGUUUGGGUGAAACUAAAAUCGUCUUUAAUAGCCAUAUAAAUGAAUACAAUGUCUCUAGUGAACCAGCAACUAUACAAGUUUUUCCACCAUUGCGCUUAUAUCCUCGUAAUUCAACGCUUGUGGUUGGCUCCAGCGUACAAAUAUACUAUCAAGGUGGCCCACAACCAGAUGUUAAUAUUGUCUAUUAUGUACACAAUGAAAAACUUAUAACAAUGGAGUCUGCUUUGGUUACUGCGCAUAAAUUGGGUGCUACUCAAAUUACUGGAAAAUGCAUUAUGCCAAAUACUGGUAGUGAAGAAAUUGUGAUUUCAGUCGAUACAGUUGAUGUAAGUGUUGUGCCACUGGAAAAUGUGCAAAUCAAAACGCCUUUAACACGUAUACGUAGUGGCGCUGUUAUGCCAGCGACUGUUUGGGGCAUGCCCGACUUAUCACCAAUGGUUUUGGGUACUUUGGAAAAUAUGCGAGUUACUUGGUCUACAAAUCAGCCAGAUGUUGUUGAUAUAUAUAAUAUAUUUACUGAUGCUGUUUUCAAGAACUUGGAGCUAGAACUGCCGAAACGUAUAACAAUGGAUUGGAUAUUAGUGGCACCUCGAAGUACCAUACAACUUAAAUCGAAUUUGGAUAAUGUUGUUUAUAAACCGGACAGUGCUAGUAAUGGCAUUGUUAAAGUAACAAAGGAUGGCAUUGUCAAUUCACAGGAUGUAUUAGGACGAGAUUUAAUAAUUGCAAAAACAUUUGAACAAAGCUUACCAAUUGGCAUUGAAGUAAAAAAUGUACAAUAUAUUUUGGCUUCUCUUACAUAUCCAACAAUAAAACUGAAACAUAUCGAGAAUACAAUUCCACGUGGCAUGAAUUUUGUCCUGAAAAUAUCCUUGCAUGAUAAUUUGGGAAAUGAGUUCUCGCAUAAUAUUGAGGAAAUAAAUGAUAUUAAAUACGAUUUAUCGCACAAGGAUAUUGUAGACGUACAAAUUGGCAAUAAUAUGACUGUAGCGAUAAAUCUGCCACGUGAAACAAACAACAUGAUCGCCAUAAGUUUAAAGGACACAACCGGAGUUAAAUAUGCUGAGGAUUACAUCAAGCUGUCAGUAGCAGAAUCGAAACAUAUUUACCCAACAAAGACGAUAUUUUCUGUCGGCGACAUUAUCUGCUUCGAUUCACCAUUGGCAUUGUCAUCCAUUUGGACCAGUUCCGAUGAACAAACUGUUUCGAUUGACAGAUUUACAGGUGUUGCCAGAGUAUUUGGAAAUCGUUUUAAAUUGAGUGAAAAAGUUAUAGUUACCAAUGGCGAUGUGGCAAGCGGUAGUUUCAUUAAAUAUGAUGUAGAAGUUCGUGAAGCUGAUGUGUUGCAAUUACUAAAGUCGUUCGACAUAUUCAGUGGGUCAACGUACCGUGGCUAUUUGAUUAUACGUAAUCAUUUGCAAAUAGACAAAUAUACGAAUCUAAUUGCUAAAAAUGUGUCAAAGUGCUCAAAUAUCGUUGAGAAAAUAAAUGCCAAAUUAUUUACAUGCCGUCUGACAUCAAAACAAGCCUUGGGACAAAAAUUACUUGAGCAUUACAAAGUCAGACCCAUAUUUGAGUCUAGUAGUGGUCGUUAUGCAUGUGAAAUUGAUUUGAUAUCAAACUUCAACGAGGUCUUCAGCAUCGUUAAGAAUAAUGACGUUCACUUUGAAUUGGAGGCUCAAUUGCCAAAUGGUUUAUCAGAUAGCUUGUCCUUGAAGUUUGUACCUGGUGUUAAGGUACUACCGGAUGCUUUAUAUGCCAACAACUUAAAUGAACAGGAAAUAACUAUAACCGGUUUGGAUAAAAUUCUACAAAAUGUUGAGGUUAAAUCGUCCGAUGCAAAAUUACUAGAUGUGACGUUAAACAACAAAGCACAUGGCACUUUACAAUACAAGAUAUAUGUACUCAAUACUUUACCUGUUGAUGAAAAAAUCUCAAUUAUAGUGCAUUCUCCAACAACACAACAAGACAUUGAGAUACCCAUACUAGGAGCAAAUACAUUGGCACCAAAGUGUUCAACUCAACCAUUCGACAAUAUUUACUCCAUGUUUCUAAAUAUUUUAUCAAAUAUUGGACUUAUAAUCACAGGUUUAAUGAUAUUGGCUACAACACUAUGGGUGUACUUUUCCUGUGGCGCCCAGGGUAAAGUGAAGAUCAACUCUGAAGCUUUUGCCAGUACUAAAAAGGAUGCAGAUACAUCUGAUGAAAAGGAAAAUCCAGCACCCAGAAGCCCGACGCUUUAUCCAAAUUUAUCGCCCUAUUAUGACCCACGCUUGGGUAGCCCCAAUUUAUCGCCUGGAAAUGAUUCACCAGUUUAUGGUGAUUCAACGUUGAGAACUCCACAGCAGCAAAGGAUAUACCGCAGAUAUUUAUGAGAAUUUGCCUCAUUCUAACUUUAUGUAUCAUACACCCAUAUACGUUGUAAACAUCCUGUCGCUAUUUGAAUUUUGUACUUUAAUGUUUUAUUCUAAUUUUUGUAAUAAUUUUUUUUUUAAUA